CCCCGCCUUUCCGGUUGGGUGUCGACCAAUCAGGAGUCCGCAUCCUGAAUCAGUUCACUGUAGCUGUGUGGUUAGAAAGCAGGAGCAGCUAGUUAGCUAACAUUCUGACAGAAAGCUAAAAACACAGCACGUUUUAAACAUUCAUCUGACCUCAGCUCUCUCCUGAACAACACCCAGAUAAGUAGCUCACUUCACCGCCGCAGACUCUACCAUGGUCGGUGUGAAAGUGAUCGGGAGCGACCCGGAUUUCCAGCCGGAGCUAGCGGCCGCCGGCUCCAGGCUCGCCGUGGUGAAGUUCACAAUGGCCGGGUGUCGGCCUUGUGUCAGAAUAGCUCCAGCUUUCAACAUGUUGAGCACCAAGUACCCACAGGUCGUCUUCCUCGAAGUAGAUGUUCACGUCUGUCGGGCAACCGCAGCAGCCAACAACAUCUCGGCCACACCGACAUUCCUGUUCUUCAGGAACCGGGUUCGUGUGGAUCAGUAUCAGGGAGCAGACGCUGCAGGCCUAGAGGAGAAGAUCAAACAGCACACAGAGAACGACCCGGGGAACAGCGAGGACUCGGACAUUCCAAAGGGAUACAUGGACCUCAUGCCCUUCGUCAACAAAGCUGGCUGUGAGUGCCUCAACGAGAGUGACGACUGCGGCUUCGAUAACUGCUUAGUGAAAGACUCCACCUACAUGGAGUCUGACUGUGAUGAACAGUUGCUGAUAACCAUGGCUUUCAACCAGCCGGUGAAGCUGUUCUCUAUGAAGCUUCUGUCCUCAGACUUUGCGCAAGCCCCUAAGGUGGUGAAGGUGUUCAUAAAUCUCCCCCGGUCGAUGGGAUUCGACGAUGCUGAGCGGAGUGAAGCCACUCAGGCUUUGGAGCUUUCAGAGGAAGACUACAAAGAGGACUGUUUGAUUCCCCUGCGUUAUGUCAAGUUUCAGAACGUACAAAGUGUUACGUUGUUUGUCAAGUCAAACCAAGGAGACGAGGAGACGACAAAAAUCAACUACUUGACCUUCAUAGGCACUCCUGUACAGGCCACCAACAUGAGCGACUUCAAGAGGAUUGCGGGAAAGAAAGGAGAGAGUCACUGAGCAAGGGAACCAUUGCGGGGUUGAGAUGAAGAGGAAGAGGAGGCUGCAGAUACACCAAGGACUUUCCCUCUGCCAAAGUUGCCACACACACACCGACAUAUACACACACAGACACAAAGCCUCCUGCUAACUCCUCUAGACCUGAAUGAAUUCUUCAACUGUGAAGAGUCAGUCCAUAAAUUGUUUGUAUUGUAAUUCUGAUGAAAUUCACUGUAAAUAAAACACAAUCCUUUUUCAAAGGCA